UACGAUGCGAUAAAGUAAAAUAAUAAAAAAAACCAGUCUCUCAUGUAACCAAAUGAUGCUUUUUGGGUUCUCCUUAUUUUUCUUUCUUACUUUUAAAAGAAACUCCCACGAAGCGACCGGAUACCUCCAGCUAUCACUAUAUCUUUUACUUGGAAUACUCCUUUCGAACUGGCGCGCCACUAAGGGGUACUAUGAAUGCGGAUACGGCUCCGAAAUAGAGAUCCGGUCCCUUUUUUAUUUGGAUUUUCAUUGUUGUGUCUCUUGGACCCUCUUCUUUUUUUUGUAUUAUACUGGAUUGAAUGACUUUUUGGUGAUCUAGACUAGACAACAAGAACAACAACACGUGCACUUUAUUCGGAAAAAGAAGGGGCCGGACUAAUUGGGUUUUGCUGAUGGACUUGCUAUUGAUCUUC